CACAAACACGCGACACUUCCGGUGGAUGAUCGGCGGCUAUUUACAUGUUGUACAGGUUGCGCUUUCGGGUUCGCAGAGACGUUAGUUAAGUCCUGCCUUUUCUGUGGUGCCUCUUAGACGUUUAUUUGUUUGUUUAUUUCCUCUGUAUAUAUGUAAGAUAAGAUGUCUGUUGUUUUCGUUCCGAAGAAGCAGCGGGGGAAAGCACAGAUCAACCAGGAAACAAUACAACGGUUACUGGAUGAGAAUGACCAGCUGGUACGGUGUAUUGCAGAAUACAUGCAGAAAGGAAGAGCUGCCGAAUGUGUCCAAUAUCAACAGAUAUUGCACCGUAACAUAAUAUAUUUGGGCACUAUUGCUGAUGCAAGUCCCGAUCUACCGACUGACCCUGUGUCGUGUGACAGUGGAGAGAAAUCAUCAUGAACACAUCCGGAACGAUGACCUGAAGGACACUAAUGCUUCUAUGUUAAAUAAAUUUAAAAAGCAUGAUACUUACGAAUUGUAUUUUACUACCUAUUGUUGAUUUUUGAAGGAUGUCCUGUAAUUUAUAUUUCCAUUAAAUGUAAGGAGCCA